UGUAAUACUUAUUUUCAUCUAUCUUAUCGCGCCGUAUUUGUAAAUGCUGCGUAUCAGCUGUUUAAAGAAAUUUCCGAAUAUAAAUAAGAAUUUUCAUUUUUAUACUACAUUAUAUGACAAAUUAUAUACCAAAGAACAUGAAUGGAUUUUAGUUGAAAAUAAAUUAGGUACUGUUGGAAUAAGUGAUCAUGCUCAAAAAUCCUUGGGAGAUAUUGUUUAUAUUGAACUGCCAGAUGUAGGAAAAUAUUUGAAAAAAGGAGAUCCAUGUGGAGCAUUAGAGAGUGUGAAAGCUGCUAGUGAAAUAUAUUCACCAAUCACUGGAAAAAUUGAAUUUAAAAAUGAAGAAGCUGAAAAUAAGCCAUCAAUUAUUAAUGCAUCUUGUUUAGAUAAAGGCUGGUUGUUUAAAAUUUCUAUUGACAAUUCUCAAGAAUUGAAAUCUUUGAUGGAUGAAGAUUCUUAUAAAAAAUUUUUAAAAUCUAAAGAAUAAAUUAAAAAAUAUAUAUUAUAAACCACUUUUAAC